UACAGAACUAAGCGAGCUGUCUGCAUGUUCUUCACUCAGAUUUUACUCUCACCAACAUCUCCAUUAUUUCAUUUGGACUAGACACUACUGAGUAACCUGUACUGAUAGACCUUGGGCUGGUAAGAAGGACUCAAGAGUACAAGGAAAUUAGGAAGAAGACGAGGAGACAGACAUUCCAUCAAAGCCCCUGUGGAGCUGCAGCGGGGAUGAGCCUACCAGCCGUGAUUUCUAAUCGUGGAGAAAGACUGAACAGCAAGGAGUACGCAGGUAUGCAAGGAAUGAGUCCGCUGAGAGGUUUACCCUGGCUUUUGAUAUUCCUCUAUGCAGCAGCUGUGUGCGCAGGUGUGGGUGGUGCAAAGGUCGACAAUGUGUCGUCAGAAGUCUGUCGUCAUCCAUGUGACGAACUGGUGGGCUUUCUCACUGAGAUCCAAGGCCUGCGUAUUGUGACCGGCAACCUGCUUGAAGAUCUGGACAGAGUAUCAAAAGAAAAUGAAGAGAUGCGUUUAUCUUUGGCUAAGUUGAGCAACAGCAGAAACGGGAACCUCAGCAGUAGUAAUAUCCGUAGCAACAGGACCAGGAGCAACAGCAGCAACAACAACAGGAGCAACAACAGGAGCAGUAACAACAGCAGCAGUGAAAACAGCAGCAGUAACAACAGCAGCAGUAACAACAACAGCAGCAGUAACAACAGCAGCAGCAGUAACAACAGCAGCAGUAACAACAACAGCAGCAGUAACAACAGGAGCAGUAACAACAGCAGCAGUAACAACAGGAGCAGUAACAACAAGAGCAGUAACAACAGGAGCAGUAACAACAGGAGCAGUAACAACAGGAGCAGUAACAACAGCAGCAGUAGCAACAGGAGCAGUGGCGGCAGUGAUGAUGUCAAUGAUCUUGACAGAGACCGGGAGGUCUGGUGUAUGCAGGAUGGACGUGUGUACGAGCAGGGGGAGGAUUGGGAGGUUGACAGCUGCACCUCCUGUGCUUGUCAGGAUGGAAAGGUGGCGUGUCAGCAGGUGUCUUGCCCUCCUUUAUCCUGCAUAUAUCCAACCUUUAUCGAUGGAGAGUGCUGUCCUGUCUGUCUCAAUGAUGAAAAUGGAUGGUCCCCGUGGUCUGAGUGGACCCACUGUUCAGUCACCUGUGGACGUGGAGGGCAGCAAAGGGGCCGAUCCUGUAACGGCAUCAUGCCCUCCUGUGCUGGGCCGUCAGUCCAGACCCGCAGCUGCAUCCCGGUGAAGUGUGACCGCAAGGCACGGCCUGAUGGGAACUGGAGCCUUUGGUCUCCUUGGUCUGCGUGUACAACCACGUGUGGAGAAGGCAACAUCACACGGGUUCGUCUUUGCAACCAGCCUCCACCACAGAAGGGGGGCAAAGGGUGCACAGGCAGCGCCAUGGAUACAAAGCCUUGCAACAAUACACUUUGCCCCAUUGCUGGAGGCUGGACAAGCUGGAAUGAAUGGUCGCUGUGCUCAGAGUCCUGUGGUGGAGGUCUUAUAAGUCGCCAGCGGGAGUGUUUGAACCCUGCCCCUCAGCAUGGGGGGAAGCCUUGUGCUGGAGACGCUGUGGACUAUGAAGCAUGUAACAAACAACCCUGUCCACUAGAUACAUGUUUGCUUUCAAAUCCAUGUUUUCCUGGAGUGAAGUGCACAUCCCACAGCGAUGGAUCAUGGGAGUGUGGAAGUUGUCCGUUGGGUUUACAUGGCAAUGGCUCUCACUGUGAAGAUGAGAAUGAGUGUGAAGUGGAAAGUUUGUGUGUCACAGAGUGUGUAAACACAGACCCCGGCUUUCACUGUCUACCUUGUCCUCCUCGCUAUAAAGGCACCCAGCCAUUCGGCCUCGGACUGCAGGAAGCCCAGAAAACCAGACAGGUGUGUGAGCCAUAUAAUCCAUGCAAAGACAACACACACACCUGCCACAAGUAUGCAGAGUGUGUGUACCUGGGCCUGGCAUCUGAGGUUUUGUUUAAGUGUGUGUGUGCUGUUGGAUUUGCUGGCGACGGACUUCUGUGUGGGGAAGACUCUGAUCUGGAUGGCUGGCCAAACAACAGAUUACCCUGCAAGCAGAAUGCAACCUAUCACUGUCAAAAGGAUAAUUGCCCCACGCUACCAAACUCUGGACAGGAAGACCUGGACAAGGACGGACAGGGAGACACCUGUGAUCCUGACGACGACAAUGAUGACAUCAUGGAUGAAAGGGACAACUGCCCGCUGAUGUACAACCCUCGGCAGUUUGACUCAGACAGAGAUGGAGUCGGGGAUCGCUGUGACAACUGUCCAUUUGAGAGCAACCCACUGCAGACAGACACUGAUGACAAUGGAGAGGGAGAUGCCUGCAGCAUUGACAUUGAUGGAGAUGAGGUUCAGAAUGACCGUGACAACUGUCCUUUAGUCUACAACACAGACCAGAGGGACACAGACCUGGACGGAGUGGGAGACCAGUGUGACAAUUGUCCCCUUCUACACAAUCCAAUGCAGCUGGACUCUGACAGUGACCUGGUGGGGGACAUGUGUGACGACAACGAGGAUAUCGAUGAGGACGGCCUUCAAAACUCUCUGGAUAACUGUCCCUACAUUCCCAAUAGCAACCAGGCUGACCAUGACAAUGAUGGGAAGGGAGACGUCUGUGAUCAUGACGAUGACAAUGAUGGCAUCCCAGAUGACCGGGACAACUGCAGACUAGUGCCUAACAGGGACCAGCUGGACUCUGACGGUGAUGGGAGUGGAGAUGCUUGCUUCGAUGACUUUGACAAUGACAGUAUUCCAGAUGCUCUGGAUCCAUGUCCACUGAACCAGGAUAUUGGCUCCACAGACUUCAGGAAGUUUCAGGUUGUUCUAUUGGACCCUAAAGGCACCACGCAGUCUGACCCUCUCUGGGUUAUCCGCAGCCAAGGCACGGAGCUGCUGCAGACAGCCAACUCAGACCCUGGCAUCGCUUUAGGAUAUGACAAGUUCAGCGCGGUGGACUUCAGUGUGACGUUUUAUGUGAAUACCAACCGAGAUGACGACUACGCAGGCAUUGUGUUCUCCUACCAGUCCAGUAAACGCUUCUAUGUUGUCAUGUGGAAACAGGUGUCUCAGGCGUACUGGGAGAAAAAGCCAUUCAAAGCUUUCGGCACAGCGGGAGUCUCGAUCAAAGUGGUCAACUCCACCACAGGACCGGGGGAGUACCUACGCAAUGCCCUGUGGCACACAGGAAACACCAGACAACAGGUCAGAACUCUGUGGCAUGAUCCCAAUAAAAUUGGCUGGAAAGACUACACAGCGUACCGAAUGCAUCUUAUCCACAGACCCAAGACUGGAUUCAUCAGGGUGGUGGUGUACGAGGGCAGAGAGAUUCUAUCCGACUCAGGGGCGGUGUACGACCACACCCUGGCUGGAGGCAGACUAGGAUUGUUUGUCUUCUCUCAGGAACGUGUCCUCUUCUCAGACCUCAGAUACGAGUGCAGAGAUAACUGAGUUCUUUUGGUGGAAUAUUCAGGAAACUCUUCAACAACCCACCAUAUAUCCACAUUAAUUCCUGAAAAUCUUACUACGGUUGAGAGAGGGCUAGAGGGACAGCUAGAAAUAGGGAGUCCCAGGUCUCUCUAAAAUAAAGACACAAGAUGAUCAAUUAGUGACCUUCAUCUAUUUAUCAGCUUUUUGUGCAAUAGUAUUGAAUCCAGGCUGUCUUAUUUGCUGUACAUAACUGUAAGACUCAGACAGCAUCUCUAAUGACUUCAACUUCUUGUUGCUUUUUAUUUGCUUUGUGCUAAUGGUUGUAAAUAAUUAUUUAUUGCCAGAUGUCAGAUAAAAGGGAACAAUUGGAGGAUAAAUGGAUGAUACGACAAGUAGAGAAGCACUAUUCAAAUGUCUGGUGGUAAUUUAUCAAUAAAACCCCUGUUUUCCAA